AUGCUGCAGGUUAGUUUGAGACCGGGGCUGGCUAUUGUGGAACCAGUGACGCCUACUGCGGCACGGGAUGCCAGAACGGGCCAUGGGGUUUUGCAACGACAACUCAACAGUUCUGCUCCAGCUCCUCGCCGUGUAACCCGCCGAGCCUAUGCUGCAGCCAGUAUGGCUGGUGUGGAAGCAACGACUCCUACUGCGGCACGGGAUGCCAGAACGGGCCGUGCUCUGGCGGAGCAGCAAAGGGUGCCUCUAGAAGGCGCAGGGCCAAGGCAGCAGCAGAGAAAGGAGCCACAGAUGAAGGUGGAGGAGAUGGCAUCAAAGAAUCACGUCAAUCUCGUGCGCCUCUUAGGCUACUGCAGCCACAUGGACGCAGCAAUUGGGGGAAUAGAGCAGAUUCUCAUCUACGAGUUCAUGCACAACGUCGACCUCGAGGGAUGGGUGGGACCAGGCGUUGCUGUCCCUCUGAACCUGCGGCAGCGCUUUGACGUGCUCAUAGGGGUGGCACAGGGCCUUCAGUACCUCCACAGCUUUGGCCUUGUGCAUCGCGAUAUCAAGCCCGCCAACAUCCUGCUUGACAGAAACAUGCAGGCCAAGGUAGCUGACUUUGGGUUGGUGUGGAUAAGCAAAGGUGCUACUGUUGAUGCAACACGGGUGAUGGGAACACCGGGCUAUGUGGAUCCAGCAUACUCAUGGACACAGAAGGCUACUCCCGCAGCAGAUGUGUACAGCUUUGGAGUGGUGGUGCUGUCAGUUGUUACUGCACGCAAAGGUGUGGUCUACUUGGCAGGCCACACAGCCGUGAAUUCUCUCGAGGACAACCGGAUGAAGCUCACUGAUUGGGUGCAACCCCUAGUGGACGCAGAGAACGCAGACACCAUCAAAGACCCCCGUCUAGACGCCCCUAACCACAUCAUCCUCCCCCUAGCCCGCUUUGCCCUCUCCUGCACAACCACGCCCGUGAUUGCCCGUCCCACCAUGGCCCGUAUUGUAUCCGAGCUCAUGGCUAUGAAAGAAGAGUGCUUUGGUCCAGAAACCGACCCUGUGCUGGAGAAUGUGGACCGGCAUGUGGAGGACAUGCGGGUCUCGAGCCUCUCCCAGGAGCUUCGGAGAGCGAGCCGUACUUCGGAACGGGAAGGAGCGUCGGGUUUCAGUAGUACGAUGGGGUCUGUUGAGGAAAAUGGAGGCUAUAGGUAG